CCUCCAUUUGUUGUCGGAGAACAUUUAGUGUUGGUUGAUUAGACUACACCUAAUGCCAGUUAAUUAGGCUCGGAAAACAUUUUAGUUUUCAUAUGCACACCUUGCACAUCCUCUUGAAACGAUGACGUCUUGACAUUUGUCUUACAGACACUGGGUGUCAUGACAAGUGUGUGUCAUGACAAGACGAGGUCACAUUUACUGCUCUAAACUACUUGAUGUUACUUCUACUGACAACCAGUCACACAAAACAAACGCACAGCAACAUCUUUGCACAAGAAACUUUGUAAGUACAGGUGUCAGACACCCAUGUCUAGUCAGAAAUCUCACAUCAACAUUAUCAACUAUUGUCAUCUCACAACAUUGUCUCUAUAUUUCCCGAACGUUUGUUGUGUCUGUGUGUGUGUGCUUGCGUGUGUCUGUGUGUGUGUGUGUCUGUGUGUACUUGCGUGUGUCUGUGUCUGUGUGUGUGUGUACUUGUGUGUGUGUCACGACAUGAAUUAUGUCCCUGGUUGUCUGUAUCACCUGUGUGUUGAGAGCUUUCAUUGUUUGUUUUGCAGGACGAUGCUCUGUAUAAAUACACAAAGUGUAUUCUAGACUUAUAUUAGUGUCCUUUAUAUAUACUACAGUAAAUAUUACCUAUUUUGACAGCGUAUACUACACAGUUUAUAGUAUUGAGAUUUCUACAUUGCUUCUACAUUAUAUAUCUCUUUACAUUGUGUAGAAUGUUAUAAUCGACCUUUUGUGUCGCGGUGUAAAGUUGACAGCCAAUGUCACAUCACAUAUUACAUAUUUUAGGUGAUGUCAGUCAGUUUUUGUUUUUCACUUUCCAUGCAAUAUUCUGCAUUGGUACAGUAUUCCAAGAAUGAAUGUUUGAAGCCCAGUGCUCCGGCAAAAUGAAAUUGGUUCAUAAGUUUGUAAAUAAAACAGACUUCGAGCCACGUCUCUUGUCACCUUCACUAUUUUAUUUCAGACAGGUCUGACAGAUGAAUGUUGUUUAUUAGUUUUUGAUAAUGUCAGCUUUGCAAAGUUUCAAUAUCCUUUAUCAACAUCUAGACAGAGAGACAUGUUUGAGUCAUCAAUCAAGAUGUGUAAUAAACACCACUCACAGUUUGACAAGGUAGUCGUCUACAGGUCGGAUGUGGUUAUCUACAUUGACGACACACCUGUGUACCUGCUUACUUCUCUCCUGCCCUCUACAAAUCCAUGGGUGGAACACACAUCAGUCAUUUGUGGUCUGACUGGGUGCUCAGACACUUCUCGCUCUCAAAGAAAAGAACAAAUUUAUCUUCUUUGGAGUACCAUUAUGAAGAUGUAUUUACUUUUGGUGAUCUUUGCAUCUGCGGGUGUGACAGCUGCAAGUCACGUGGUCAAACGGUCCGAUGAUGUAAACCCACUGCAAGUUGUGGUUAGCAAACUCUCGCAGGAUGUCGAAGCCUUAGUGGCAAGAGUCGCAGCUUUGGAAAAUUCUGAAGAGUCAAGAGCGGCGUUUCUAGGUCAGCUUCCUAUGCCUAGUGACGGAAAGGUCAACGUCCCUGACCUUGUUCCCAUCCGCUUUACUGAGGUCUUCGACCUCGGAGACGGAUUUGACCCGACCACUGGCGUGUACUCGGUCAAGUAUUCUGGAAUCUACGCCAUCAACUUCCAGAUGUUCCCGGACUUUACUGGACGUUUCGCAGUUGACCUCAAGGUGAACGGCAACAUCCUCGUGAGAGCCCGGGGGCCUGACGUCACCAGCCAGUACCCGCCCUCCUGCUCGUCGGGUGUGUCGGCGCGGGUCAAGGCCGGAGACAAGGUGUGGCUGGAGACAUUCGCACAGGGCUUGUACUGGGGCUCCUACCAUUCCUUCCUGUCCAUCACGCUCCUCCACCUGGAUGCGUAACGUCACCUGGCGCAUGUGACAUGCGCGACGUCACCUCCCUCGUGUGACGUAUCUGUCGCAUGAGGUGACCUCACCAGUGACGACAUCAGAGUACAUUAACACAUCAACAGGUCAACAGCUUCAACGCACGUAACGACUCAAACAGGGUGCAGAGCAUUUUCUUGAAAACAAUAAAAACUAUCAUCGCAAUAUUUUCUCUGUUAUUCGUUUUAGUCUUGUUUGUC